CACUCAGGCGGGUCUUCUCACCAGCAAAAACGUCCAGCCACAUCUCAGCCUGCGAGGUUUAUCAGCACCGCAGAUAAGAGACGAAAAGGGGGCAGAAGGACCAAAGACGAAGCCGAGCUAGACCUGAGCAGAGCUGCCAUGGCGUUUCACUGGACUCUUACCUUAUCGCUGCUGUGUCUGAUGGACUUCGGGCUAAUUUGGGCUUUCAACCUGGACACGGCGAAUGUCAUCACGAAAAGCGGGGAUCCGGGCAGCCUGUUCGGCUUCUCUCUCGCCAUGCACCGGCAGCUGGUCCCUGCUGAUAAGAGAAUGCUGUUGGUUGGUGCUCCCAAAGCAAGUAAAUUGUCCAGACAGCAGUCUCAGGAAACAGGAGGAUUGUACAGCUGUGAUGUCAACUCACCCAGCACUGCCUGCCAGCGAGUCGACUUCGACAAUGAAGAGAACCUGUCGGAGGAGAACAAGGCGAAACAGUGGAUGGGAGUGACUGUGCGCAGUCAAGGACCUGGAGGAAAGAUUGUGACGUGCGCUCACCGUUACCAGCGACGCCACUUCGUCAACUCCGCUCAGGAGUCCCGUGACAUCACGGGCCGCUGCUACGUGCUGAGUCAGGACCUGAAAAUUGACAAAAGCACUUUAGAUGAAGGCGGAGACUGGAAGUUCUGCCAGGGCCGACUUCGAGGCCACGAGCGUUUCGGCUCAUGCCAGCAGGGCAUGUCCGUCACCUUCACCAAAGACUACCAUUACCUGGUAUUUGGAGCACCUGGAGCCUUUAACUGGAAGGGCGUAGUACGGGUGGAGCAGAGGAACAGUACACUGCUGGAGAUGGAUAUCUUUGACGAUGGGCCGUUUGAGGUCGUGUACAAAACUGCUGAAGAACUGGACGAAGUUACCGUCCCAGCCAACAGCUAUUUAGGAUUCUCUCUUGAUUCUGGAAAGAUGCUAACUAAGAAGGGGCAGCUAACCGUGGUUGCUGGAGCCCCUAGAGCCAAUCACAGUGGAGCUGUAGUCUUGCUGAAGACGGAGACUGAAUCUCUCCACCUCACCACUGAAUAUAUCCUGGAAGGAGAAGGUCUAGCUUCCUCCUUUGGCUACGACCUUGCAGUGCUUGAUAUAAACGGAGAUGGGUGGCAGGACCUUGUAGUUGGAGCUCCUCAAUACUUUGAGAAAAACGGCGACAUUGGCGGAGCUGUCUAUGUCUAUAUCAAUCAGAACGGAGACUGGAACAAGGCCAGUCGAACCCGAAUAAAUGGAGCCAAAGAUUCCAUGUUUGGACUGGCUGUAGAAAACCUUGGAGAUAUCAACCUGGAUGGCUUUAACGAUGUUGCUAUCGGGGCGCCGCAUGAUGAUAGUGGAGCCGGAAGCGUGUACAUCUACCACGGCUCAGCCAGCGGCCUCAAAGACAAACCCGUUCAGGUGCUGAAAGGAAAAGAUGUGAACAUUAAGCUGUUCGGAUACUCCUUAGCUGGAAACAUGGACUUAGAUGGUAAUCAGUAUCCAGAUCUGGCUAUUGGGUCUCUGUCUGACACUGUAGCCGUGUUCAGGGCCAGGCCAGUUAUCAACAUAGAAAAGUCUGUAACCACAACACCAAAGGAGUUAGACCUUACUAAGAAGAACUGCGGUGACAGCAUAUGUCUUCAGAUAAAGGCCUGUUUCAAAUUUACAUCCAACUCCAAAGAUUACAGUCCCAUCGUCAGAAUGAAAUACUCCAUCCAGGUUGAGUCUAAAAGGAAGUCUCUGGGUCUUCCCUCUCGAGUCAUUUUCAGCCCGCCCUCCCCCACAGAUUCAGAUUAUGAAAGCACAGGAGUGCUGGAGCUCCGAAAGCCCAACGAGCAACAGUGCACUACAAAAACCCUCAAACUGCAGGAUAAUUUAAAGGAUAAGUUGAGAGGCAUCCCCAUAGAGGUGUCAGUGGAGAUGCAGAACCAAUCAGGACGCAGGAAGAGGCAAAGCUCCCUCGGCGAACUCCUCCCCGUGCUUGGCUCCAGCCAGCCAACUGCCAGCGAGGUCAGUUUCGUGAAGGAAGGAUGUGGCAGUGACAACGUGUGUGACAGUAAACUGGCACUGGAGUACAAGUUCUGCUCUCGAGAGUCUGGAGACAUCUUUAAACCUCUACCAGCUCCAAACAGAGUUCCCCUCAUUUCACUCACUGACCAGAAGGAAAUCGCUCUGGAGGUCACAGUGAGCAAUAAGAACGGAGAUGAUGCGUAUGAGACGAUUCUGACUGGAUCUUUCCCUGGAUCCCUCUCGUACUCUGCCUCCCGCAACAAGGACCCAAACAAACCGGUCAUCUGUUUGGCCAAUCAGAAUGGUUCUAAAGCUGAGUGUGAGCUGGGGAAUCCGUUCAAAAGAGACUCAGAGGUAACGUUCUACAUCAUUUUGGGCACUGGUGGGAUUUCAUUAGACGUGACCGAAGUGGAAGUCACACUUCAACUCAAAACGACGAGUAAUCAGACGGCCCUGACCAUCACAAAAAAGGCUAACGUUCAAAUUAAGCUGCUGUUGUCCCUCUCGGGGGUGGCGAAGCCGUCUCAGCUGGAAUUCACUGGCGAGGUCAAAGGAGAGAGUGCUAUGCAAACAGAAUCUGAUGUGGGCAGCCAGAUUGACUACGAGUUUAGGGUUAUAAACCUGGGCAAGCCUCUGAAGUCGUUUGGCACAGCAUUUCUGAACAUCGAGUGGCCCAGGAACACAGUCUCAGAUAAAUGGCUCCUGUAUCUAAUGAAGAUCACCACUACAGGUGUGGAGAGGAUCGGCUGCAGCAGACCGAACGAAGUCAACUUCCUCAAGCUCACUGAAGAUAAGUCGCCGGUAAGAACCAAACGUGAAGUCGAGGGAGAUGCAAGCUCAGAGGAACCCAAAUUCUCCCUUUUUAAAGACCAGAGGAAAUUCACAGUCUUGUCGUGCGGCGAUGGAGCAAAGUGUGUGCAGUUUAAGUGUCCUCUUCAGGGACUGGACAGUAACGCUGUUAUUUCACUAAAGGCCCGAAUCUGGAAUGGCACCUUCCUGGAGGAGUUCUCCAAACUGAAUUACGUUGACAUCAUCACGAAGGCGUGGCUCAGUCUGGACUCUGCACCUAAAAACGUUGUGCUGAAAAACGAAGAUGCACAGGUGCGAGUGACUGUGUUUCCAGGACGCAAGGCAGCGCAGUACGGAGGUUUACCGUGGUGGAUCAUCCUGGUGGCUAUAUUACUGGGGCUGCUCCUGCUGGGAUUGCUCAUCUUCCUGCUCUGGAAGUGUGGUUUCUUCGGCAAAAACGACAAAGACUCCAAAAACGAACCCGAGAAAGAGAGACUGACUUCCAAUGCAUAGAGAAAGAGUGAGACACAAAGAAAACAGAAGCUGGUGUGGAUUUUUUAAACGUACCAAAUAUGAUGACAGCGUGCCGAGUUACAGUGCCGUGCGGAUAAAGAGGGAAGAGCGAGCGUACCCACCUGGCAAAGAGCAGCCAUUGGAGAAGAAGCAGUGGAUGACUUCCUGGAAUGAAAACGAGAGCUACUCCUAGCCUUUCGCUACGGUGGCUGCUGGCACGCAUUAUUAAUCUGCUUUAAAGGAAAACAAAACGUAAAAACCAGGCCAAAGACAUCUUUCCCAAAACCCUGAGUGCUUCAUGUUUGCACACCCUGAACUGAGUGUACAUAUCACAAUGACAGAAUGAACGGAACUGAAAAACAAAUGUACAAAUAGAAUUUCUUGCACCUUCUCCACUGAGGGACUGGUUUCAAAUAGUGGAAGAAAUUGAAAAGAAAAAAAAAUGAAUUACUGAAUGGAAAAGGGGGAGGAGCAUAUUUGCCCUAAAAGGGAAUUCCACUGAUUUUUCAAGUCAUUUUGCGUAAUUUAGUCAGUAAGAAGUAAAGUCAUUCAGAGUGGACUUGUUCACAGUGGUGGUGAUAGGAACCAGACAUCUAAUAAGUUUAAUGCCUCUUAAAGCCACAUCACUGAGAGUUAUUAAAUAUAUUAAAUGGUUAUGAAUAUGCUGCCUGGUGUCUAAGAAAAUAUUUUAUUAUAGAUUUCUUAUAGUAUUUUGGCAUGGAACAUCUUUCAUGGUGGAGACGGACUGCAUGUGUUGUGAGG